AAACUAGCCCUUAUCAGUUGGUUUAUCAGGAAGUUUCACAACUGAAGAGAACAUGAGAGCUGUUCACUCGUCUUCCAUCUUGCUCCUCUAUGUGUUGGGUCUGGCUACUUCAAUAUCGGCUGAGGACGGAAACGACUAUUUAGAUCUAGGUAUGUGCAAGGCAGAUGAAGACUGCAAAGAGACGCCCAAGUCGAAGAGAUCGCUUGCUGCCCUGCCGCCACUCCAGCACCAACCCGAGCCCGAGAAGGCUGCUGAAGAACACAACGAAAACUGUGAUAUGGUGCUUUGCAAAUCAAAAUGUGGCGAUCUAAAUAAAGUUUUUCUACAUCUCAAGCCACGGUGUUCGAUCUACGGAGCGUGUUUUUGCUAUAAUAAGGACUUCAUCAUCAAUAUGGAUAUGGGAGAAAAAGACGAACUCUCAUACUUGAAGAGCGAACAGAAUAAAAAGCCUAAGCCAAAAAUCUACAACUUGCAUUUAUAAACUCACAUUUUACUUUGGUUUUGAAUUAAAUGUUUGAAAUACA